UACAAGGCUAAGGUUGUCGAAGAUACUGGAUGUGGAGGAUAAAUGGACAAUAUUAGCGGAUCAUCUCGGCUGUGGACACAUGGUAGAGUUCAUUCGAGUUUGUCUAGAUGAUUCUUCCUCGCCAACUAUGAUGUUGCUUGAUCAAUAUGAACAAGUUCCAAAUGCAAAUUUAUCAACUGUAACACAGUCCCUGGAAGAUAUGGGCGAAACACUUGGAGUACGUUUGAUACAAGCCGGAAAUGAGCAACAGUGA